UAUAUAGUUUUAUAGUUCAUGAGAAGUGAAGGAGCGUUUAGUAUUUGGCAAACGGUGUCCGUGAAUAGGAAUUGACUAAUGUUUCUAAUUUUUUUUUAUCAUGUGAAACAACCAUCUGGUCAUUUUCAAUUGGUAUCGUUCGAUGGAAUUUUUUAGAAACUAUGUCUAUGUAUACGAUCGGAUAGAUUAAUUCGGAAAUAAGAUCUUUUUUAUUAAAAAAAUAUAUAUACUUGCUGUGGCAGUUAUCAAUAACUGGAUAUUUUUAACUUUCAAUCCAGGUCGAAGAAGAUUCGUCACUGAAAUGCUUUUAAAAGCAUGAAGGAGAUAGAAUAAUAACCACUAGCUAAGCACGAUAACGAUUCUUCCUGUUAAAGAACGAUUUAUACACGUUCACUAUGAAUUCUGUAAUCAUAUUUACUUCGUUACUUGUUAUGUUACUUAGUGUGAAGCAUGGAUUAUUGAUAUCGCAACAUCCAAAGUUGUUAGUAAUAUCAUAUGAUGCAUUCAGGUAUGACUAUUUUGACAGAACACCAUUUAUGAAUAAACUGAAACAUGAAGGCACAUAUGCGGAUUACAUGAUGAAUAUUUUUGUCACAAAAACAUUUCCUAAUCAUCAUACAAUGGCCACAGGAUUGUAUGCAGAAACACAUGGAGUUGUGGAUAAUGAAUUUUAUGAUCCUGCUUCAGGAAAUACAACAAAAUAUUCAUAUAAUUUGUAUCAUUAUAAUAAUAGAAUUCUUCCUAUUUGGACUGUUAACCAAAAGGCUGGUGCACAAAGAAGAAGUGGCACAAUGAUGUGGCCUGGUGGCAUUUAUGAAUAUCAAGGAAUCUCCCCUACAUUUGCUCAGAAUUUUAAUGAGACUGUACCUUGGGAAGAAAGAAUUGAUACCUUAAUAUCAUGGUUUGUACAUCCUAUACAUCCAAUAAAUUUUGGAAUAUUAUACAUUGAAGAGCCAGAUUAUCAUGGUCAUGUGAUUGGAAUAAAAGGACCUCAAUUUGAUGAUAUUCUUAGGAAGUUAGAUAAUAUAACUAGGUAUCUUCACAAUAAGAUAGAAUACCAUGGUUUACAUGAUCUUAAUGUUGUUCAUUUGAGUGAUCAUGGAAUGGCAACUGUUAAGUUAGACAGGAUAAUAGAUCUAACAAAGUAUAUUAACAGCUCUGAUUACAAAUUUGUGGGUACCUCACCAGGAUUGCACAUUUUCCCUAAUCCUGGCAAAGAAGAAAUAAUUUAUCAAACAUUGAAGCAAGCAGCGUUGAAAUCGAAGACGUUUAGAGUUUUUAAAAGGGAUGAAAUUCCUAAGAAAUAUCACUAUGGAAAUAAUACGCGUAUUGGUCCUAUCUUUGUCAUUGCUGAAAUUGGAUAUGCAUUUCAAAAUCUCCUUGAUAAUAUAGAAUAUUAUAAGAAAAAGUUCAAUAUUACAGGGUAUUUAUGUUUAGUAACCAGUGAUUCAGAAUUUGGUCUUCAUGGCUACGAUAAUGAGGCUAUAGAAAUGCAUCCUUUCUUCUUUGCAAAUGGUCCUGCAUUUAUGCCCAAGUGCAAGCUCGAACCUUUUAAUAAUCUGGAUUUAUUUCCGCUAUUUUGUAAAAUACUCGAUCUACAAUGUCCCAUAGGGAAUGGUACUAUAUCACAUCUAACCAAGUGUCUCAAGAAACAUCAACAGGAUAUCACAGUAAUCGCGUAUCGACUGAUAUUUGUAGCCACUAUAAUAUCAAUGACACUGGUAGUAAUUAUAGGAGCAAUAAUAAUAUUCUAUAUGAGGAAACGGCGAUUAGGAGCAAAAAGUUACAGAAGAAUACUGGAAGAUUUGGAAGCACAGUACCAUUGGGACGAAAAUCACGAUAUUGAAAAUGAUACUUGCAAAUUAAACAAUUUUCCAGAUUUAUUCGUAAUUUCAUGCUACGCGAAGAAUAGACUUUCAUAUGCAUAUAAAGGAAAUAUUAAGUAUAGGAAAACUCUUUUUCAUUGUAGGUGACAUAUACUUCAUUUAUUGCGCGGUUGUAUGUAUUUUUGAACACAUAUAAAUGAGAAACUAUUCCUGUGAUAAAAAAGGAAGCAGAAUUGAUAUCUUUGAAUGACUUUAAAUAACGUAUAUAAACUUAUGAACAAUCAGUCACCAUUAAUACGUAUUUUAGGUGUACACACAGAUUUAUUAAAUGUUCCAUAAAAUGUACUUCCUGUACGAAUUUUUUAUUCUUCCGAUUUUUACGAUACUAUGUCUUAUAUGAUAACUGUACGUAUUAAACGUAAUAUGAAUAAUUCGUAAAUUGUCUCGAACGACAUUAAUUGUCUUUCUACUUAUAACAAUAUCGAAAUUACAUGUAAAACUGGAAGAAUACUAUGCA